AAAAAGCUGUCAAGUUGCAUAUUAUUGAUCAUAAACUAUAUUGAUAUGUGUUCCAAGAACAGGUUUAUCUUAUCUGUAUUCUUUAAUUGUGUGUUAAUAAUAAACACCGAUGAAGUGUCGUCUACAUUUAAAACAUAGUCCAACUCUCUUAAAAGAUUAGAACUGGCAAGCCGUAGAUGUAUACAAACACAUCAGCAGACGAUAAUGAAUGUAGUUACUAGUCGUAACUCGUAUUGACUCAGUGAGUAUCAACUAUCAGUCACAGCCACAGUGAUGAACGGUCGUGCACGCGUCUCUCUGCUGUGUUUGUGUGUCUGUGACGUCAUCUUGUUCAGUGAUCGUGCGCAGGCGCAGGUCUACGACUACAAUGUCACCAUCGAAGCUUUCACACCGCGAGGCUUCAGGAUCUCAAUACCAGAUGAUUCGCGGAUCAAAUUCUUUUACAUCGAGUACUUGUUGUACAAAUCGAAUCAAUUUGUGAAUUCGUCGCGGCAGUUUGUGACUGAGGCGAAAGACGGGCACCGCGCGGUCGAGGACCGGAACGUGACGCUCUCCGUGGGGGACGUGGUGCGCUGGACCAGCUUUGUGGCGCUAGAGUGGGGGGACAUAACCCCCGCGGACCAGUACGGACUGAACCUUGAGUACCACACGAGCGGGGUGGCUAAGCCGUACCACAACUCUAUAAUACGCGAAGUUGUCACUCGAAAGAAUCUGGUCAGUCCGAGAACGUCCAACAUAAUUCGAACGCAAGUAAACAAUAAGGAGGUUGCACCGAACCAAGUCAUAUUCAAGGACGAGUUCGAGGGUCGCGCGCUCCGGCGGGAUCUGUGGCACGUGGCGCACUACGUCCCAGUCGACCACCCCGAACACCCAUUCGUGUCGUACCAGGACGACCUCUACAACCCAACGGUGCUGGUAGAACGAGGAGCGCUGCACAUCCGCCCACUGUUGCAGCAGAACCUGCCCUUCUUCAACAACGAGUCUCUCUACUCCGGCACUUUGGACCUGAGGAACAGGUGCACGGGUUCCAUGUGCUGGGUGGAAGGCGCAGGGUCGCUGAUCCUGCCCCCCGUGGUCAGCGGCCGCAUUCGUUCCCGAUUCGCGUUCCAAUACGGGACCGUCGAGAUCCGCGCCAAGCUGCCUCGCGGCGACUGGAUCUACCCAGAACUUCUCUUAGAACCAAAAUAUACGAAGUAUGGCAGCCAGAGCUACUCCUCCGGUGUGAUCAAAAUUGCGAUGGCCAGGGGAAACGUACACCUGAGUGACACCAACUACGAGAGCAGUGUGCUACAGGCGGGUCCAAUAUUAAACGCUGUGUGCAAGGGGCCGUUCACUUAUUAUAAAAGAAAACUGUUUGAUGGAAGCCCCUGGAGCGAUGACUUUCAUGUGUACUCGGUGACCUGGACGCCUGUUUCUAUCGAGAUGGCAGUGGAUGGCCAGGUUUGGGUGAGCUACAAGCCUGGCGCCGCGGGCCUGCGCUCGUGGCUGCCCAGGGCGUGUGGGAGGGCCUGGUACGACCUGCUCGACUCCCCCCAUAAGAUUGCGCCAUUUGACAGCUAUUUCUACCUGACAAUUGGGCUUGCAGUCGGUGGAUCCUCCGAAUUUCCUGACGGCUUAAUAACUGGAUCAGAUUGCCCAAAACCCUGGAGGAAUAAGGACCCGAAGGCGAGUGUAAGGUUCUGGGAGCACCAGAACGAGUGGUGGCCCACCUGGAGCCAGCCGGAACUGAUCGUGGACUACGUCAGAGUGACUUCAGUUUAAUAAAUAUAAUAUGACUCGUUUGA